GAGAGAGCGUUGUGGUGAAGCUGUUGUCGUCGAACUCCAGCAAAUAUGAGAAUGGGAAGAUAAUGGCCCACAUCACUGAACAUGAUGACUGAACAUCCGCAAAUAUCAAUUUGUGUCCUUUUAUGAUGCAUUCUGACAAAACAAGACCUGAAGAAGAGAGUCUGGACAGCAAGGAACAAAGGAUCGCAUGUGGUUUUUGGACAUGUCCAACCAUUCCUCACACCAUCCUGAUGUUUUGAGAAGGGAUGGUUAUUGAGUCCAGUACAACAUCUUGCUGAAAAUCAUUGGAUCCAACAUCUCCAUGGAGGAAUUAUUGAAGACUUCUGCGGUCUAGGCGCACACAGAGAUGCUGUAGCUCUACAUGAACCGUGAUAGAUUGAGUACUUUUAUGGAAAUUGCUUGGAAAUUUCAGCUCAUCUGAAAGACAUAGGGCAGCAAUAAUACCACACCACACACGCAUAGAAUCGAGCCCCGGCGAUCUAUGUGUCUCUGCAAUAAGUGGCUGAUAAAAAGCAAUACAUUCUCUCAAAUAAAUAGUCAUUCGGUUGUGCGCCAUGGGCGACGAAACGUCAAACUUUAGGGGAAGCAGCAGGACCGGUGUCUCAUCACCAAAACCCAGGACUCGUGAGGAUCACGGCGGAGCGUCGAUUAUACUAAAUUAAAACUGAUCACCACUGAAAACAAUGAGAUUAAUGAUUUUUGGAUGACUUGUCAGAUUACCACUGUGACCGUUUUUGAUGUUAUUCAGAAAACAAGAUUCAGAUCUGGGCUGUGCUGGACUUGGUCACUUUGAUUUGUUCGCUCAGAGAUCAAGUGGCAGAAAGGGACAUGAAACCUUUUGUUUUGUGCUUCAAAUAAACGAAUACAGCCAUAUCAUUUAAUCAAUAAGUUUAAAAGGGAUCUUUAAAUUUUGUUUGCACUAUGAUGGAACCACCACCAUGCGCGAAGAAGAGCCUGUCCCUGUCGCUCCCGGUUCCCCGGGAAGGACAGGCGACUCUGAAGCCUCCGCAGCAUCUUUGGAGACAACCCCGGACCCCGAUCAAAAUCAAACACCGGGGGUACUCCGAUACCGACCGGCAUCACCACCGACAUAUGGAGCGCUCAGACGCCGUGGAUACGAGCGACCGACCAGGACUGAAAAAGUCUCGGAUGUCCUGGCCAUCCUCUUUCCACGGGACCACAAACACAUCGAUCGGAAAUUGUGUCGGGAAUAAACGCUUCGAUUCAGAGAAUGGUCCCUCGCCAGGCCGCAGUCCCAUGGAUUCGCAGGCGAGUCCUGGGUUGGUGCUCCACCCUUCUUUCCCCCAGAGCCAGCGCAGGGAGUCCUUCCUGUACCGCUCAGACUCAGACUACGACACAUCCCCCAAAACCAUGUCACGCAACUCCUCCAUCAACAGUGAGGGGCACGCCGAAGAUAUGAUCGUUACCCCUUUUGCUCAGGUGUUGGCCAGCCUACGAACUGUAAGAAGCAACUUCACCAUCCUCGCCAAUGUCACAACACCCACUAACAAGAGGUCACCAGUGACAAGCCAACCCACUGUUCCCCAAGCUACACUCUCUGAGGAGACAUACCAGCAGAUGGCUCGGGAGACUCUGGAGGAACUGGACUGGUGUCUGGACCAGCUGGAGACCAUUCAGACCCACCGCUCAGUCAGCGAGAUGGCCUCCAACAAGUUCAAGAGGAUGUUGAACAGGGAGCUGUCCCAUUUGUCAGAGAUGAGUCGCUCAGGGAACCAGGUGUCAGAAUACAUCUCCACUACCUUUCUAGAUAAGCAGAAUGAGGUGGAGAUCCCAUCCCCGACUUUGAGGGAGAGGGAGAAGCCCAUGUGUCACAUCAGCGGUGUGAAGAAGCUCACACACAGUUCCAGCCUUUCAAACUCCACCAUGCCUCGAUUCGGCGUGAAGACUGAACACGAGGAUGCGUUAGCCAGGGAAUUGAACGACUUGAACAUAUGGGGCCUUAAUAUCUUUAGUGUGGCAGAGUUCUCUAAUAACCGACCCCUCAGCUGCAUAAUGUUUGCCAUCUUCCAGGAAAGAGAUCUACUGAAGACCUUUCGGAUCCCUGUGGAUACGUUUGUCACCUAUGUGAUGACCCUGGAGGACCACUACCAUGCCAAUGUGGCCUACCACAACAGCCUCCACGCUGCAGAUGUCACUCAGUCUACUCAUGUAUUGCUAUCCACACCGGCUUUAGAUGCUGUGUUCACUGAUUUAGAGAUACUAGCUGCGUUAUUUGCCGCUGCCAUCCACGAUGUGGACCAUCCAGGAGUGUCCAACCAAUUCCUCAUAAACACAAACUCCGAGCUAGCUCUGAUGUACAAUGAUGAGUCUGUGUUGGAGAACCAUCACCUAGCUGUGGGCUUCAAGCUGCUUCACGAGGACAACUGUGACAUCUUCCAGAACCUUAGCAAGAGGCAGAGACAGAGCCUAAGGAAACUUGUCAUUGAUAUGGUUUUGGCAACAGAUAUGUCUAAACACAUGAGUUUGCUGGCAGACCUUAAGACUAUGGUGGAAACCAAGAAAGUGACAAGUUCUGGAGUACUGCUGCUUGACCAUUACACUGACCGGAUACAGGUGUUGAGGAACAUGGUGCACUGUGCUGACCUGAGCAAUCCGACGAAACCCCUGGCUGUGUAUCGACAAUGGACGGAGAGAAUCAUGGAGGAGUUCUUCAGGCAGGGAGAUAAGGAGAGAGAGCGAGGGAUGGAGAUCAGUCCCAUGUGCGACAAACACACUGCAUCUGUGGAAAAGAGCCAGGUGGGCUUUAUUGACUAUAUUGUCCACCCGCUGUGGGAGACAUGGGGGGACCUUGUGCACCCUGAUGCCCAGGACAUCUUGGACACUCUGGAGGACAACAGGGACUGGUACCAGAGCACUAUCCCACAAAGCCCCUCGCCACCUCCUGUGUGUCAGGAUAAGGAUCUAAAUGCCUGCAUGGACAAGUUUCAGUUUGAGCUCACCCUCGAAGACAGCUCUCAGAGAGAACAGGGAGAUGAGGGGGACAAGCCUACGCUGAACCAUGUGGCACAGGACUGCAGUCAGGGGGAGGAAGAAGAGGGUAAAAAAGAGGAAGAGGAAGACAUAAUGGUAGAGGAGGAAAAUGAGGACAUAAUAGAAGAGGAAGAUGAGGUGGCAAUGGAGGAAGAGGAGGUGGAGGAGGAGCAGGAGGAGGAGCUGAAAGCUCAGUUAGAGGUGAGAUCAGAAAAGGAGAGACUUUCUGACACAAGUCCUGUAGAGGAAGAGGAAGACUCUUCUUCACAAGCUGAAGAUACAUGAGUUUUACUCCCGUAUCUCCCUCUUCACUUGCACACAUUAUCUUGUUCAUCCUUUCAAUGGCCAAACCAAGAACAAAUAAGACUGCAAUGACAAUACAGACCUUUAAAUAUAUUUUUCAAAAAGGGAAUAAAUUAAACUUGCCUAAAGAGAAGGUAAUUACACAGCAACUGUAGAUUUGGAGUGGUGACAAGUCCUCCGACUGAUUCCAUAACGAACUUUAGACUUAAGAGGAAUUUAGGAGAGCAUGAGUGAUGGGCAACUGCAGAAAGCGUAGCACUCUGAGACUGGAUGCACACACACAAACACACAGAAAGUGACACACACACACACACGCACACACACACGCACACACACACACACACACACACACACACACACACACACACACACACACACACACACACACACACACACACACAGAGUAUGUUUGUAUGUGUGCAUGUAUAUGAGGACGUUGACCAGUAAUGAAUCUCUUUGGAAAAAGCCAUCUCUUAAUGGAGUAUUAACUUGUGUUCAGUCAGUAUUAGUAAUUCAUGUUUCUUAAAACCUCAACAGAAAUUGUUCUCCUCAGAAAAGCUACACAUCUGAGUGACUUUUUUUUUUCCAUUUCUGUCGGAAAGAAAAAUAAGAACAUCCACAGAGUUUGAGGAGGAGAGAGGAAGAUAUCGAAGGAAAAUAAGAUGCUGCGACGAAGGGGCCGCCAGGUCCCUUACCCUUUUUCCCUUUACGAGGAGAGUGCUACUGGUGCAAGAUGGCUCUGUGCCUUUCUGAAACACCAGCUUCCUGAAUGGAGCUGUCGUGAAGCAAUGCAUUGUGGUACAGGAGUGUCUGAUUUUGUUAUCAUUUUUGAUUGUCUCUCUUUACUGUUCAUGGUAUUGUGGUGUGUAUCUCACACGUACAUUUUCUGUGGUGAUAUGUUUUAAGCUGUAAGUCUUCCUUUGUUGCUCUUCUGGUAAUCUAAUAACUCAGAACUGUAGAUGCAGAGCAAUCACUACCACCACCACCACCACACCACCAGUGGACUCUUUCCAGCUUAUGUUUUUUCUUAUUAGAAUGCUUUUUUUUUUAACUUUCUGAGAAUAAGCCAUGUAAUGCUUUGAAGCAUAAGUUUUGCCUAUUUUCUAUUUAACAGUUGCUAAAAAUGUUGAAGGGAUACAUCAUUAUUUUAUCAGCAGAACGAAUUUCCACUCGCCAUCUCACACCCACUUGCACUGUGUGGUUAUGUCUCCUCAUGAACAAUGAUUCUCACCAAAGUAAAGGAUGAGAAACUUCAGUGGGUGAAGUGAUUU